AAUGAGGCUAGACCAUGCGAGUGUGCAGAAUACCAAAUGCCUUUGCUUUAAGAACUGUGAGAAGUUGCACAUUGAUAACAAAAGUCAGCAUGUGGGGUGAAGGCGAUUCCUUUUUAUGGCGUUACCUUCAGAACCAAAUUUUCACUACACCCUCAGCUAAUGUUCAGGAGUUAACGUGCAAGAAUAGUGGAAGAAGUCAGUAAUCUCCGUCAAGACUUUGAAAUGAUCAGACGAGCAGUAAGGGACAUGUUACGAAGAUGUCAGAUGUGCAUUGACAGGAAUGGUGGCCAUGUGGAGGACUUAGCACAUUAAACUGAUGAGAGAAGUGCAAGAUCAUGAGUUUGUCCCGGGCGCGGGAGGACGCGUACGAGAAGUUUGACGAGGAAUUGGACAUCAGUUACCACAUACGCAUUGCCAUGGUUGGGGAUGCAGGCGCUGGCAAGACCAGUUUGUUGCUAAGAUACACGGACCGGAACGGAAGCCGAACUCCCUCGGAUCACAACAUAGACGUGAGAACCAAGAUGUUGAUAAGAAAUGGGCGCAGGAUCAAGUUGGAAAUCAAGGACACUGCAGGUUUGGAGCGAUACAGGAGCCUGACCAGGUCACAUUACAGUGCAAUCACCGGUGCCCUGCUGGUGUUUGAUCUGACCAACGAGAUGUCCUUUCAACACUUGACAUACUGGCAUGAGGAGCUAUACAAGAAUGCAGACAAGCUGGUCCAAGCCAUCCUGGUGGGUACCCACUGUCAAAACGAGAACCGGGAGGUUGCCGAGGACAGCAUCCGGCGACUGGCCGAACACUUUGACAUGCCAUACGUGGAGGUGUGUUCCCAGGCCAACAGCAACGUGGACUAUUGCUUUGAGACGCUAGUGGACCGCAUCAUCGAGAAGCAUUCCGAGCGGGUGAACGUCCAGAAAUCAGAAAGGAUUCAACUGAGGGAUGAAUCUGAUACAAGCCGGUCAUUCUCCAGAUGCUGCACGAUCAUACAUCCCAAAGAAUCAGGUUGAGAAAUCACCAAUCGGCAGCCUCCAUGCUUUCCGUAGCAAGGAAGGCCAUGUCAAAAUUUACUUAACCACAGCCUGAAUUUCUACCCGAGUCUAUAGCUGUGGUUUCAGUCACUUCCCGUACAGUAGUGUCUGUAUUCAAUUAAUUCAGAAAUAACCAAAGCACUAACCCAAGUAACUUUAAAUAUUUGGUUGUUUUUAUGUCAACUUUUUAAACGAAAUAGAAGUGCCCCUCUUAGGGAUGGUACGCUCGGGGACUCGGGUACAUACCACGGGAUGGGAGGACAUCAAACCACGCCAAAGGCAACAAAGUUUUGUACAUUCUUAUUUUUGUGUACAAAUGAAGUUUUGUAUAAUAUUCUGAUGCUCUAAGCCUUUCUUACUUGAAAUUUUGUAUUCUUUUUUGCUUACCAAAAGUAGUAACGGUAAUUUAAUUACCCUAAACAUAUGUCCGGGUGUAUAGCAAGCUUAUUUCAGCUCAGUGUUAUGUUACCAAAUUCAAACUCACUGUGAGUAGGGUUUGGUUUUGAGAGAGAGAAAAAAACAAUUCGUAAUUUUUUUUUAGUUCAGUUUACAAAUUAGAGUUAUUAGAAAUAACAAAAACAAAACAAAGUUUUAUAAAGCCAUUGCUUUCCAUAUUAAAGGUGACCAAAGUUAAGAAAACAAGCCACAAGUCCCUAAAGCUACAUUUUGAAGGCCUUUCCCAUUAUCUAAAUCUAUAGGAAAUCAACAGUAUUCACUUACACAAAAUGUUCAUUUCCGGGGGAGUCGGGUCGGCACAGAGGUUCUUUCCUCGCCUUCCACCUCAGCGGUCUGGGUUCGAAUCCCGGCUCGGUCUACGUGUGGAUAGAGGUUUUUAUUCCCUACCUGAUUCUGUGGGUUUUACCCAGAACAUUUCUCUGAGGUUUUCCUCCCACCUCUAAACUGUA